CUUCACAUGAACAAUAUUAAAUUGAAUCUAUUGGAUCUCCCAGAAAUCAUCUCGCUUGUUGGUGGCUUCCUCGAUCGAAAAGACCUUCUAAACUGUAUCUGCGUUUCCAAGGCCUUUUCAUAGAGCCCUUAUCAGGUGCAUAUGGAAAGAUAUCGUUGUCACAACACCUGUCGAAUUUGACAGAUAUCCUGUUGGCGAUGCACUGCAGAACAACAAGAAACAUAUUGAAAGGAUUGUAUUUGAAAUCAACUUUCCAGAGGAGUAUGGAUCAUUGCAGGGAUGUGACCGCCUCCACGACAUCAAAUAUGCUUUGCUUGGAUAACACUCAAUCUUCACCGGGGCUCUGGGAGACAAUACUAAGAUGCACCAACCUCGAGCGUCUAGAAAUAUCUCACACACGUAUAAAUGACGAAGUUGACUUAUUUCUACAAGUCUGCAAGAAACUUAGGCACUUGGGCAUGGAUGGUGUAGCCAUACACCAGCUACCUAUCAGUAUACUGAAUGAUGAGCUCAGCAAUUGUCUUCUCACAAAUAUACGCACACUAUAUAUUACGGGCGUCGAAAUACUCAACCCUCCACAUCCUUAUACACCCUCGUAUUGCCUCGGCCUGUUGGUGAGAAAAUGUCUAGGAUUGUGCGCACUGAAAUUUGUCGACAUCAUCGAAUAUAGGCGAUCUAAGCAACCAAAACACGAUGAUUUCUACAGGGCAGCAUUCCUUCGACAUCCUUGGGCUCUAACAAACCUAUCAGAUCUUUCUUUUCCCCACAUGAGAAUAAAAGACAGGGAUAUGGCGGCACUUCUCAGUCAGAUGACUCGGCUAAGGCGGCUCAAUGUUCCGUUUUGUGGGUUUGACCAGCUUUCCCUGCAGGAAUUGCUUGCUGACAAACGAGCGGUGUUGGGUAAUGGACACAUGGUAUGAGAGAUUAGGCUACAGAAACUCUGCGAAACAAUUGAGACAUUGGUGUUCGACAUACGAAGUGUUGCGAUGGGUGGCAUUGUCCAAACUAUUUUAUCAAAUUGCCCGUGCCUGAAGCAACUGAUGGGGUCCAAAAUCACGGUGACAGAGAUUGUUAAUGGUGUGGAAUGGGUUAGCAUUAGGCUGACUGAAUUGUCUAUCAAUCUUGAGGCA